AUGAUUUGGCAUGCCCAACUUGCUCCAGUGCUGGCACUGGUCGGCCUGGUGUCAGCCAAGUGCAGUGGAAUGUCAGAUGCCUGCUCCCUCAACCCAAUUCUGGUGCGACAGGUCAAUGAGCUCAAUUAUCAAGCUCUUACCUGCAACCUCAAGUGGAAGCACGGCUGCACCAACUUGAACAAGCGCGGCCAGCUACAGCAGAAGCCGCCUCCUUACGCCCUCUGCAAUUCAUGGGGUAUGCCGUCUGGCAAGAUACCCGUCGACGUCUAUACGCUGGCCAUGCAGAAAAACGAUGAUGUCGCCCUCCCAAAAGCAGCCCCUUACACGCUGCAUGGCCUGUGGCCUGGCUCGAGGGGCGGAAAGGGAGCCAAAAACCAGCCUUACGGCUGCUUCAAUGGCGAGGAGUUCGAUGAGAAAGUCCUCGCAAACUUCAAAGACCUUUUAAACUACUACUGGCCGACCAAUCCACAAUACAACAACACAAUACAAUGCUUCAUCCUCUCUGAGUGGAUGAAGCAUGGUACCUGCGCAGUAAUCACUGGCGCGGACGGUCAAGCAUUUCGAAUACCUCAAGAGGCCUACUUCCGCACAGCCUUUGUAUUUGCUCAUGAGUUCAAUAAGAACCCUGCUUUGCGCCAGCAGCUUGAAGCAACAGACCCAAAGCACCUUGAGCCACUUAUUAACGUCAACUGCGUGCAGUGUGCCUAUCAAGCAACAGUUGGCUGGAAAGGCACGGAUGUCUCGAGCGUGCCACGCAUGUCAUCCGAAUGCAUUGACCAGUGCUUUGAGUGCGGUACAAUGUUUGACUUAUGCCCACCAGCCUUUUUGGAGAGCACCGUGCUAUUGGAUCCCAGUAACGCGCCGCUGGAGAACAGUGACAGCGAUAGUAACAGCGUGGCAGCUGAAAGCUUUCCCGCUGUCCAAUUUGCUAUGCCCGGUCUCAUACCCAGUAAACACAAGUCGUCCUGGGAGGGUACCUGGCGCUCAUUUGGCGCUGAGCAGGGCGGGUCUGGCAAGUUUGAGUUUGCGCAGACCUUCACUGACAAGUCCCUGACUGUCACUACCGACAGCCCAUAUCCCUCCAAGUGCACGUAUGAGCGGAACGGUUUCAAACAGCUGAUACUGCAUUGUGAAGGUGAGAAGCCACACCUAGAGGGCUGUCUGGUGCAGCGACUGCCAGAUGUCGGUGGGCUUGAGGCAGCGUUCCUGGCGUGCAACCAUACUGGUGUCCCAGCGCCGGGAAGCUUCUACGCUGCCAUGGAUACACCUGGGUCGGGCAACUUUCUUAUGUUCCGCUGCAAGGCAUCAGCAAAAGGUUGUGCCUUUUCCCCAGUCACCAUCUCGGCGUCUAAUGACAAGGCCGAGACUAAGCCCAGGUCAGAGUCCAAGACCAGCCCUGUAAUCCAAUCUCAGAGUGGUAUUGCUCUCCCACCUACUGAACUACUGGGCACAUGGCGCUCACUCCAGGUAUCGAGCGGCUAUGAGAAGGGCCUCGCGACAUGGAGCUUCACUGCUGAUGGCCAGGCGUCACUCCAGUGGCCAAACUAUCCCACCCGCGGUGUUGAGCGCUAUUCAGUCGCCCACUCUCGAGAGAAUCCGAAUAUAGUGCACCUUACCAGCGCCAGUGGUAAGAGUACUACCUGCCGCUUGCACUUCCAGUACCAGCCGGUCUACUCAUACGCCGUGCUCGACUGCGGAGACAAGGAAAGCAAGCAAAGGACGAAAUGGGCUAUGGGCCGGUGCAAUCCAUGCAGCGCCUCAUGUCGCUACUCGUGCACUCCUGAGAACGAUAACUGCGGCUCUGGCUCAUGCGACCCGGCUGAUUCAGAACCGGUAGCAUCUGCUGGCUCCCUUCCUUUAUCACAACUCGUACCUCAGUGGUGUACGCCUGAAGACCCCAGCUGCUGGCCUUCCAAGACAGCCAUCCACGACCUGGAACAGGCGCUAGACCCUACAGUGCCUCGUCUUGGUAUCCAGUGGAGUGCCUACCCCCAACCGCAGCCAGCACCAGUACCAAAUAGCUCCUUCAAUAACCAAGGCUUUUACGGCCUGGGUAGCUCGCCUGCAGGUCUCAAGGCUCUCUACUACUAUGAGGAUAUCAAUGAGAUGCAGCGGCCGUGCUUUGUCCAGAAUGAUAGCCCCAGUAUCUGGAACGUUGCUUCAGACGUGUGCAGGGCAGCAUUGCACAAUAAUGAGUACCACAAUUGGAACCCUUUCAUCGUUGUCUUUCCUCUCAACGAGCGCCAUGUAGCUGCUGCUCUUGAGUUUGCCGCCCAGCACCGUCUUUGCAUCGCCACAGCUGGUACUGGCCACGAGUACAACAGCCGCAACUCAUGCCCGACUGGCGGCAUCCUCAUCCGCACAAUCCUGCUCAAGGACAAAGUCUUUAUUCCAGAAUGGAAAGAUGACCCAGUUUUGGCUCCGGCUGGAGCAUUCCGCUUUGGAGCGGGCUCUAUCUUUGCUGAAAUGCAUAAUUUCUCUGCCAAGUAUGACCGUGUCAUUGCAUCAGGCUGGUGCUCCACUGUCGGCAUGGCUGGCUUCCAUCUCGGCGGUGGCCACGGUCCUUUUGCGCCGUCUAUGGGUCUGGGCGUUGACAACGUGCUGGAGAUUGAAGUUCUGCAGGUCGGCCGUAACGCUUACGGCCAGACUGUUGUUCACAAGAAGAUAGUCAAUCGCCGCCACAAUCCGCAGCUAUUCUGGGCCAUGCGCGGAGGUGGAGGUGGCGUCUGGGGCGUUAUUCUUUCCAUGACCAUUCGUGCCCAUCCUGUUCCUGACGGAGGUCUCAACCGCGUCUACAUAGGCCCGACUGGAACGUUUUGCCAAGACGGACGAAAGUUUGGCUACAAGUGGCUACGCGGUAUGUGGGAUCGCUUCGCUGAGUGGCAGCUGAGGAUCAACCAGAAGGUCAGCACGCAGCCUGGCUUCUUUAUUGACGCCUCCAACUACAAGGAGACUGGAGAUCUCUGCUCAGUUACUUGGCAGUUCAAGUUCGAGUAUUUCUACGCUGGUGAUAAGAAAGAACCGGACUACAAACUGUUCCUCGACGGUCUCAAGGAAGUGCUGCAGAACUACACGGUGCAGGAGGAUAACUUCAAGUCGGCCUAUGAAUACCUCCUCACAAUGCCCCCCAACAAGUUCACCAUCAACCCCGUUAACCCACUGCCUGCGCCCCAUGAGCCUUCCGACGCGGCCACUGGCUCCCAGAACUCAGUCUUUGUCUCGCGGAAGGCAAUGGAGAAAAAGUUCGCUUCAACCAUGAUGGACGUGCUGGACAUCUGCGUUCAAUCCCUCAAGUCUCCUGAUGACACGUCGCCGGAUCCUAAUGGACAUCGCUGUGGAUUCCACUACCUCUAUACGUCUGUCACGGGUAAUCUGGGCAGCGUUCAGCCAGGCGACACGUCCAUCGCUCCAGGAUUCCGCUCGGCACUCAUGCUGUGGAAUGCACGCACGCUGUCGACAGAGCAGUCAGAUAACACGAUUUAUAAGAUUGGGACAAACAGCUAUUUCUCUGAGAGCUCGUUCGUGAUGCACAACUGGACGGACAGGUACUGGGGUAAGAAGAGGUAUGAGCAGUUGUUGGCUGUGAAGAAGGCGCAUGAUCCCGGAAAUCUUUUCUGGUGCCAUCAUUGUGUUGGCGAUGAUCCUGAUGAUGCGUAUGGAAACCCGCUGGGUAUUGUGGCUGGCUCUGGUAAGAAAGAGGACUCUGGUAAGAAGGAGGGCUCUUUCAAGCAUGAUGAGUUGUAA